CCCACAAAUGGCCAACUUAAUCUUGAUCCCAAUGGUAAAGAUGUGGAUCAAAAGGUAUAUCGCUCUAUGAUCGGUUCUUUGCUUUACCUUUGUGCAUCUAGGCCGGAUAUUAUGUUGAGUGUGUGUAUGUGUGCAAGAUUUCAAUCCGCUCCCAAGGAGAGCCAUUUUUCGGCAGUGAAAAGAAUCCUUCGAUAUUUGGUUCAUACCCCAAACUUGGGCCUUUGGUACCCCAAAGGAGCAACUUUCAAGCUAUUAGGAUAUUCGGAUUCGGAUUGGGCCGGAGACAAGGUAGACCGCAAGUCCACUUCCGGGUCUUGUCAAUUCCUAGGGAGGUCAUUGGUAAGUUGGUCUUCAAAGAAGCAGAAUUGUGUGUCCCUUUCAACCGCCGAGGCCGAGUACAUUGCUGCAGGAAGUUGUUGUGCACAAUUAUUAUGGAUGAGGCAAACUUUGAUGGAUUAUGGUGUCAAAUGUGACAAAGUGCCUCUAUUUUGUGACAAUGAAAGUGCAAUCAAGAUCGCCGACAAUCCAGUGCAACAUAGCCGAACCAAACAUAUCGAGAUUCGUCAUCACUUCAUUCGAGAUCAUGUGGCCAAGGGAGACAUUGAUUUAUUCCAUGUCAACACCGAGAAGCAACUUGCCGACAUUUUUACCAAGCCACUUGAUGAAGCAAGAUUCCGCGAGUUAAGGCAUGAGCUGAAU